UCUUCGAACUGGGGGGCACGGUGCCCGAUUUUGGCAUUUCCUGAAGACUUAUUGCUAUCAGCAGGUCUCACGGACAAGCCACAGAGGACAGUCAGGAAGGAGACACGCUGGCCGGAGUUUUUAAGAAUGUUGUCUGUGGUUGGUCAUUUGCAAAGCUACUCUGAGGAGUGGCAGAGGUGGGACUCUGUCCUCUGUGGCACGUUUGUGCAUCCACGUGGUCCAGCCGUCAGGGUGUUUGAUCCUCGACCCUGUGAGGGCGGUGCAGCUCGUCACAUCCCCAUUUCUAAGUGACUGCGUUGUCGGACGGCCAGAACCAUGUCUCCCAACCCCGGUCCUUGCUUCACAUCAUCCUUGAAAAUGACCACGUUUCAACACCUGUGUAAUCUGCGCCCAGGGCUGCUCUUCCCAGAGACUGAAUGAUUGGCCACGUUGAUAAAGAAAAACGAAAUUCCUCAUGUGUGUUUUCAGUACUGAUUUCUACUUUUAGAAAAAUCGAGAACAGGUGAAGUCCACAGGAGGAUGUCUGACAUUGAAUUUUCCUCUGCUUGUUCCGCCACUGUCGUGUCUUGGGAGAAGCCCCAGGGGCUCUUUAGGGGGGUAGUUAGAGGGGGCAGGGGUCAUCCAGCAUGGGGGCAGGGCCAUCAGGCCCCACUACAGCCAGUUCACUGGCACCCCGGGGCUCUUCCUGUGUGGGCGGUUUCACUACCUGCUUUAUCAUCUGGAAGUUAAGUGUCAUGUUCGUUUUUGCAAUUCUUUCAGUACAUGAAUGCAAAGUUUUCUUUAAGCCCGCUUUUGGGAUAGAGAUAUAAAAUUUGAUUUCUCUACCCAGCGACGUUUCCUUUUCUGGCUGGCCCUCUGCUCCCCCCACCCCAGCCCCGUGGGUGUGAAGGCUGUCACCUGCCUUGAGGAAGUCGCAGGAGGCUGCCAGAUGCAGAUGGUGCGAGCUGCCGUCUGGGGUACAUUCAUUCAGCGGGAUCUACUGCUCGUGACUGGCCUGGCCUGUGACUGUUAGGUUUGGGGAGGCGAGAGGCGUUUGCUGCCUUUCCCUCAUAGCUGGUCCUGGUCCCUGAUAAUGAUCCCUGAUCCCUGAAAAGCCCCCGAAAUCUCCGUGGGGGGUUGGUGGAAACCCCGACCGACUGCAUCUUCUCUGCGCCUGGCCAGCCAUGCCCCAUCACAGAAGCACGAUAGCCGAGGCACACGUGGGCUUUGAGCAGGGACCCACCUGGGCUGCGGGACCACGGAGAGCUUCUCCCUCCCACGGUUGGUCCGGGACUCCAGAUUUGGAAGGAAUUUCCCCACCCAGCUCUGCAGGCCCUCGGAGCAUGUUUUUGUGGAAUUCUUCCUGCCUCCAGGGGCAUCACCCUAGCCUCGGAAUUUUUUGUUUGUUUUUUUUAGUUUUGUUCUAUUUGCUGUUUUAUUCAGUCUAUUUCUAGUCUCCACUGUCAGUCGAAUUCUGGUCGUGUUUUCAGAUAUGCCAGAAUUUUUCUGCCCUAGCCUGUCCUCGGCAAAUGUGAUCCAGUGGUUACUUUACGGUCACCAUUAUAAGCUGCUUUCGGAAAAGAGUGAUGAUCCCAGAGUUUGGCUGGGGUGCCUGCGUGUCGAGGACUAAGGGAUGCAGCUCCUCGGUCGGCCUGGGCUGUGGGUCAGCCAUGCCUGGGGGCCUGGUUGGAGUCCCCGCACCUGUCCUGGAGGCUCCGAGUGUGCUCUUUGGCUGUUGCCCAGGACGGAGCGCACAGGCUGCCGGUUACACGUGGCCGCGAGGACUCCUGCAGCUGUGAAGUGCAGGGUACGGGGCUUCGGGCCCAGGUGGGCCCGCAGGUUCAGGCAGUGUCCUGUCCUGUCCGGCUCCAUCCUUGGCUCCUGCCUGCUGCUCUGCAGGCUUAGCAAGCUGGGAGCGGAAGGCAAAUCGAGGAGGGAGGUUUGGAGAGUGGGGCCUGCAAACUGUUCAGAAAAGAGCGAGAAGAGAACAGAGCUCAGGGCUGGGUGUGCACUUGGGGAGUGUCGGGGCUUUAAGGGCAGCCCCGGCGGGUGUCUGCUGGCAGGAAGAUGUCUGGGCGUUUACAGGCAAUCCUGGGGUGGAGGGGGGAGGUUUCAAAAUGGGAAAACGAGGUCUGAGGUCUGCGGGGCGAGUGGGAUGGACCCACAGUGCCCGCAUCCUCCGUUGAGGGCCCAGGAGGCCCCUCACAGCGUCAGAGACUCACCUGCAGUCUCAGGUGAGGCAGGCGCGGAGCAGGUGGGCCCUGAGGAUGGUUCCUCGGAGGCGCCUUUGGGGCCCCUUCCCCUUCAGGAAUUGCUUACCCCCAUCUCGCCCUUUCUGUAGCUUUAGGAAAACAGCACGCAGCUGUUCACAGUACAUUCCUAUGCUUUCUCUGACUGUAACAAGUAUUUCAUUAGCUUUUCCCCUCUCAAAGCCGAAGUAUUUCAGAGAGACUGCUAACAGGUGUCCUUGCAAGCUGGGCCGUAGCCCCUCUUUCUCAGCUGUCCGGGUUCCUUUCCCAGCCUGGGUCCGGGAGGGCAGAGGCACCCAGCCCUCGCUCGCGGGAACGGCUGCCUUUUCUCUGCCACCAAGGGCCUGGGAGGCUCAGGGGGUGCCCUGGCUGGGCCUCGCAGCCUACCCUGGGAGGGCACCAGACUAGAGGAUGGGCAGCAGAGCCUGACACAGUAUCUCUCCCCCAGGACGUGGUUUCUUUUCAUUACAUCUUUAACCAUUUGAGGCCUGUUUACCAGGACCGUUGCUCUCGUGCCUCCUCGGAGUGCCUCCUGACCUGGAGGAAGGUGGCCGGGGUCUCUCCAGCCCACCUGCUUCUCCGAGGAGCAGGGCGCUCGUGCCUGCCGAGCCCCCCGUGGGUGAUAGAUAAAGUGCCAGGUGGGCCCGGGCCCUGGGGACUUCGGGUGACUGGUGUGACGUUGGCAAGCGUUUGCUCUGGGACGUCAGAGCCCUUCCCCUUGGAGGCCCGUCUUCUCGCCAGCGUGGACAGCCAGCCUGGUCACAUCACGCACGCAGGUCCCCAUCAGAGCGCCUGGCCCUGGUCCUGGGACACACGGCAGAGGGCUUGUGAGAGCCGGUUGGUCAGUGAGGGGGCAGGCUGUGCCCACCCACGCGGAAGCCCGUACGCUCUGUGGCUUCAGAAGGAAGCAGGCUUCCUGGCCUGCUGAGGGACACAUGUGCGACUGUCACUAGGGUGGGCUUCUGUGCUCCCCCUGUCGGCUGGCUCCCUGUGCGGACUGGGCAUUUCCCGCAGCUUCCCCUCCCGACACUUCUGUUCCCUCACUUCUGAGGCUGUGGAUGGGGCCGGUGGGGGCCGUCCGUCGUCCCUCUGGCAGGAGCAGCCCAGCAUAGGGGUCGCGGCGAAGCAGCGGAUCCUCCCUGGGGGCCCAGGCUCCCCGUCUGCACCAGGGCUGGAACGAUCCUUACCUGGAAGGCUUUUUGUGGAGAGCCGGGCCCGAGGCCACCCGCCUCCUUCCCAGGCCAGAGGCCCAGAGGCGGCUGGGGUGGGGUGGAGUGUGGGGCAGCUGCUGGCUUUGUCCCCGCCCGGCUGCACUGCUCUGUCCUUGGCGGCCCCUGUGGGCUCUGGGCCUGGCUCCUCCUUCUGGAGGAGAGGAAUCACCCAGCAGUCACUCCCCUGCUGCCUCCCGGAAGUCUCCCCCUUUGAAGACCUCCCUGCAGGUCACUUGUGCAGAAAGUGCUCUCCGUGCCCGCCUUUGCGGCCCCCAGCAGCCGGCUGAGCUGUUCUGGAUUUGCGUCCUCAGAUGCCUUGUGCUCACCUCUGUCCCCUGCCAGACUGUGCCUUCCUGAGGGAAGGGACACUGUUUCUAAUCUGUUUCACAAAUCUAUCAGCAGUGUUUAUUACCCACGUCAGGCACAGUGCUGGGCGCUCACUGGCAACCAAGCCAGCUGGGAUCCCCACACUCUGGACCAGAGCCCGUGGCCAGAGGUGUGGCCCUCACUCCAGCUCCGCAGAUGUUUCUUCCCUGGAGAGGUCAUGGCUUCCAGCUUCUCGGACCUGAGGCUCCAACAGAGGAAAUGACCAUCAGGGACCCUGCUCCAGACCCAUUACGGAGACUGAACCUUCACGGGGUGCGAACCUGCCUGGGACAGGGAAGCUUCUCUCUUUGAAGGGCUUUACAUUUGUCACAGAGAAAGUAAAGAUGACGACUUCGUCUAUCAGACGGCAGAUGAAAAACAUCGUGAACAAUUACUCGGAAGCCGAAAUAAAAGUCCGGGAAGCCACCUCCAACGACCCGUGGGGCCCGUCCAGCUCCCUGAUGACGGAGAUCGCGGACCUGACCUACAACGUGGUGGCCUUCUCGGAGAUCAUGAGCAUGGUGUGGAAGCGACUCAACGACCACGGCAAGAACUGGCGGCACGUGUACAAGGCGCUGACGCUGCUCGACUACCUCAUCAAGACGGGCUCGGAGCGCGUGGCCCAGCAGUGCCGUGAGAACAUCUUCGCCAUCCAGACCCUGAAGGACUUCCAGUACGUCGACCGCGACGGCAAGGACCAGGGCGUCAACGUGCGCGAGAAGGCCAAGCAGCUGGUGGCCCUGCUGAAGGACGAGGAGCGGCUGAAGGCCGAGCGGGCCCAGGCGCUCAAGACCAAGGAACGCAUGGCCCAGGUGGCCACCGGCAUGGGCAGCAGCCAGCUCACCUUCGGCCGGGGCUCCAGCCAGCCCAACCUGUCCACCAGCUACUCGGAGCAGGAGUACGGCAAGGCCGGGGGGUCGCCGGCCUCCUACCACGGCUCCACCUCCCCACGGGUGUCCUCAGAGCUGGAGCAGGCGCGGCCGCAAACGAGCGGGGAAGAGGAGCUGCAGCUGCAGCUGGCGCUGGCCAUGAGCAGAGAGGUGGCCGAGCAGGACGUGCGGCCUGCCGUCGACGGGAGGUGCAGAACUCUCAUGGGGAAAAUGGGGCAGACGGACGGGCCAGCCCGUUGUAGUUCCUUGCUCCUGUCUUAUGGUGAAGACGCAGAAGAGCGCCUCAGGCGGGGAGAUGACCUCAGGUUGCAGAUGGCCUUGGAAGAAAGCCGCAGAGACACAGUUAAAUUUCCAAACAAGAAAGAGCAUGGCUCCCACCCGCAGCAGACCACGCUGUUGGACCUGCUGGACGCUCUGCCCGGCGCGGGCCCUGCUGCCCCGAAGGCGGAGCCCUGGGGCCCUUCCGCUUCAGCCAGCCACACCAACCCCUGGGGUGCUCCGGCAGCCCCCGGCAGCACUUCGGACCCCUGGCCGUCAUUCGGUAAAGACCUCCCUCGUGCCAAGCCAGCCACCUCCGUCGACCCAUGGGGGGUGCCCACCGGAGCCGGCGCACGCUCCGUCCCCAAGGGCUCCGACCCCUGGGCCGCCCCGCAGCAGCCAGCCCCCAGUGCCGGGAAAGCCGCUGACCCCUGGGCUGCAGCGUCAGCCGCCAAGCCCGCGUCCCCCUCUGGGGCUUUUGAUCUCUUCAGUAAUUUGAAUGGUACAAUUAAAGAUGACUUUUCUGAAUUUGACAACCUCCGAACUUCAAAAAAAGCAGCCAAGGCGGCGUCUCCGCCGGCCCAGAACAGUGGAACUACCAGCCCCGACCCCUUUGAGUCCCAGCCCGCGACCGUGGCCUCAAGCAAGCCCAGCGGCACCCGGAAAACCCCCGAGUCCUUCCUGGGCCCCAACGCAGCCUUGGUGAACCUGGACUCGCUGGUGGCCAGGCCAGCCCCGCCGGCGCAGUCCCUCAACCCCUUCCUGGCCCCAGGUGCCGCCGCGGCCUCAGCCCCGGUCAACCCCUUCCAGGUGAACCAGCCGCAGCCGCUGACGCUGAACCAGCUGCGGGGGAGCCCGGUGCUGGGGAGCAGCACGUCCUUCGGGCCCGGCCCGGCUGUGGAGCCCGUGGCUGUGGCCUCCGUGACGUCCGCAGCCUCCCACCCAGCCCUGGGGGCUGGCGGCUCCUCCCUGCCACCGCUGGGCCCCGCUGCGGUGAACAUGGUGGGCAGCCUGGGCGUCCCCCCGUCAGCAGCUCAGGCCACCGGCACAACCAACCCGUUCCUCCUCUAGUGUCCCCCCCCCCCGGGACCCGCCGCAGAGCAUCCGUGCCGAGGACGCCAGGCAGGGGCUCUCGCCUGUGGAAUGGGGUCUGAGAGUGGGGUGGGUGUGCAGAGGGUGUCUUUGCGGCCCUGGCCCUCAGCCUGAGGGUCGAGAGGUGGCGGGCUUAUUGAGGCGUCAUCACGCGGCACGUGGGUCCCCGAGCCUGUGUCGGGCGGGAGGACCCCUGACCAAGCCUGGCCGCAGGCCCGGCCCCCGUGGAGAUCCGCCAGCCCUCGGGGGCCUUGGGUGAGGAGGCGGCAGUGCUCGGUGCUGGCCCAGCCUCAGCCCCGGGCUUCUGGGAGCCCCCCUGCCCAGGACCCGGCCCCCACCCUCAGCCCUGGCGCCCCCCCGGGCGUGGACGGGGUGGAGUGCGGGCUCCCUCAGACACUGACCUUUGGGGGACGCGGUUGUGCGUAUUUUACUCUUCUUUGACUCGUGUGUGAGUUCAAAGUAAAUGGCGCCACCGUGGAACAACUCUUGACUUAAACCCACUAGAGCAAGCUUUAAACUAACCUGAGCGUAACCCUGCCACGUGCUCCAUGCUUGUACACGUUUGCACAGAUUUUGUUUAGUACAGUUUCAUAUUUGUUUGCAGAAUUAUCGAAUAGUCUUUUUUGGCUAAUAUUUUUAUAACGUCGUUCUUAUUUAACUGUCUAGUUUUGAUAGAAUUUGCCAGGUCUGGCUGGAUUAAGAUGUUGGCCGCGUCACGUUAGUGGUGUAAAUCCUCUUAUUUAUGGUUUUAACUCUGUAAGAAAGUUUAAAUAGGAAGAGACAAAAAAUGCCUUAUGGAAAAACUAAAGCAAAUUCUUUAUAGGAAAACAUAUGGGAAUUUGAUUAUGCAUAAAAGAUGUUUAUUUAAAAGGAAAAGAAAACUACAACAGUAACAAAAUCGUAGCCUCCGGUUGCCUUUCCCUUUAACUCCUUUUCCUGGUGGAUUACCAAACCGUUGACUUUCAGCCUUUUUGGCUAGAUCCUAAGAGAGAGGCUAUUUUUCUUACUGAUGAAGCAACGUGAAGAAAGUUAAAGACAAAAAAAAUCUAACAUAUGAAUGUGACUCACCAGGUUUUAUCAGCUAACUCCUUUCUGUGACUGAAGGCAUGCAGUUAAGACUUCGUUUACAGUGGGAACGUGGGAAGGAGAGGCUUCUGGAACCCUGUGUCUGUGACCCCCUCUAUCUUACUCCACACUCAGGGUAGAGGUGGGGACAGCGGCGGGGGCGGCAUGUCGGGGGCAGCCCAGGCUGACAGGGGGAGGGCCCAGGGCUGGCCCCGACCUACGCACCCGCCCUCCAGACACCCGUUGCAACGUAGAAGUAAUCAUCUCUUACUUGGCAGAGGAAGAAAAAUCAUUCUCACCCAGAAGAGAUUGUUAGCGAACGUGCACUAAUCUUACCUCCCUCUCCCCUGCUUUCCUCACCCCGCCCACCACUAUAAAAAAGUAUUAGGUAAGUCACAAAUGAAAGACCAGAAGAGACUUGCUUCUCCCCAGAGCAGGGCCAUUUCCCCCCGAGUCCUGUCUGUUUGGUCAGCCGGCCUGGCGGGCACCUCAGUCUCACUCUACGUGGCGGACGUCUCACCUCUAGCACCAAGGGCAGCUGACAGCUGAGGGUCUCUCCUGGGGGGAUGGGGCCCCUCCCCCCUCUCUGGUUCCAGGAGCUCUGACCCUUGGCGCUGGGCACGGGAGGCUGACUCAGAACUGCCUGCUCAGGCCACUCCUGUUGCCAUGUAGAAGAGCUCACCCGUGCUCCUCCCUGGGGCUACCCCCGGCCCAGAGCUCCUGCCCAGCCCGAGACCUGGGGCUGGACCAUGGGCUCCAGAGUCAUCCACGAAGGCCCUUCCGGCCUCUCCCAGCAGCCUGGGGGAGGGUGGGGCAGGGCGGGGCUCGGGGCAAGGUGCUCCCCCGGGAGGUAGGGGCCGACCCCCUCACGGGGCACAGGACCACGCUACUGGGGUCAUGAUUCCUCGUGAGAGUGAGGGGCCCUUCCCGAUGGGACUUUAAGGCCCCGAUGUCACAGCCAGUGGCCCACCCAGGCCCAGGCAGACUCCCGCCCAGCUCCCGGCUCAGGCCCACCCCCAGGCGCCUCGUCCGUGUUGCCCGUUGCACUGAUCAUGAAGCCACUGGUGCUGCCACGCGUGUGGGACACAUGCCAUCAAGCUCCCUCCUGCCGGGCACCGUGGUAGGGGUGUUGCCCAGCCGUUUUCUCAGUCCCAGGGGCGGGUGGCCGGUUUGGAACUUGUGUUGACUGUUGAUACUUAUUUACUGUAUAAAUAUAAUUUAUCAUUUGUAUCACGA